AACUACACAUUUUUCUGUCAGUUUUCAAUAUAAUUUCGACUUAUUUACAAACAUUUUUCUAUCCGUUGUGCAAGCCCGAAAUUACCCUGUGGAAGAAGGCGUUGCGGUUUCGCGAGGACGCUGACGCACCGUUUCCUGCACGCAUGCGAGCGUGGCGUGGCGCGGCGUGGAGCUGGAUGGCGGAGGCCUCGCCUCGCAGCUGCUCUCUCACAGAAACUGAAAGUACCUGUGCCGAGCCCGAAUCUCGUCCGACACAGAGUGAAAUGAAACAUCACUGUUUCGAUACAAUUAGUCAGUUCCAAGCACCAGUGGACUGAAACAGCCUUAUUUUAAAACAACGAUACAGUUUCUGUGUCUGGCUCAAGAUCGAAUCUGGUCCUUUUAUCCGAGACAGGGGCGGAAUGAAACACCACUGUUUCGAAACAGUGUACCACAGCCGUUCCGAAACACUGAAACAGUUCCACGUAUCGAUACACUGUAUCGAAACAUAGAAACAGUGGCCAAGUCUAUUCUAUACAGACUUUCCAUGCCGCAUCGCUACCGACUGCAUCGACUCCUGCCGUGUACACGGGUUGAACGACGGGGAAUGGAACUUGGGAACGCUGCCAAAUGAUCAUCUGAGGGACAGUAUUCUUACCCCUUUAAUGCACGCUGUUCGGCGCAUCACAAGAGCCAUAAUCGUCAGGAGAUGGUGCUACUACCGACGACAAAUUAAGUUUUCUGUCCGACACUUGAACAAAAUUGAUGAGGAGUGGCAGCUGGAAGACAGAAGCAAUGCUACGCUCUACGUGGACACUGGCUGCGUGCAGCUGUUGGUUAACGCCCUGGACCAUCCCACGUGCCCACUGGAAGACCUGCCACCAGAGAGGAUCGAGCAGCGUGAUCAGUGCCGUGUGCAGCUUUGGGACGACAUGGUGCAGAGGGCACCGCACAUACCUGUGACCAGCUACCUGGCUUACACGCAGAGGGCAAACGUCAACCUCUGCCUCUUGGCCUGGAUGACUGUCAACUCACACAGCAUUUGUCAGGACGUCCCCUUUAGUAUGACGCAGUCCGUACACGAUGCUCGCUGCUAUUUCGAUAGCCCUGACGACCAGUCGUGUCUGGAAUCGAACGAUACAGAUGCCAUCUGCUCUGUUUUCAGAGCUCUUCUGUUGCUGAAAUGUCGCGAUUUUUCCUCGCAUAAGCCUCUAGAUGUGUGUGCCGUCAAACUUUACUCAGAUGGAUCGUACUCUACAGUGUUCAAUGUAACUUGGGGAAAAGGUAUCUACAAACGGUAUGGAAAGCCAACACAAAGGGCCCUGAACUACAAAUACGGUUUAAACAGCGCCACGUUGAAAUACAUGGAUUUUAAAAUUGACAACUUAAAACCAUUAGAAAUCUCAUUUAUAACAGUAAAUAUUCUUUUCCGCUUAUUGACUGCACGGGUAUAUAUAUACCUUCCCCAGUUACGUAAUUUACCUGGAAAGAUAUUCUUGUCCUUUCAGAUCACGGGUAUAAUCCAGAUUCUGUGCUCUGAGGUCGUGUAUCGUAUGGCAGGCGUCCCUGACUUAUCGACAGCAGUGCUGAUCGAUAGCGCCCUCACCCUUCUAAGCUCUUUCUGGCUAAACUCAUUCUGCUACCAAAUGUUCGCAUGCAUUCGUUAUCUCAGGCUCCCUAACGACCUGCUACGUGCUGAAGCAAGCCAGAUAUUCCGUCGUCAGGUGCUGUAUGCACUAAUAGCCUGGAGUACUGUAUGUGCAGCAUGUAUUGCUAUCGAAAAGACAAGUAAACAUUACCUGAUGUACAGUCGUAUAUUAUUCAUGCUGGGUAUUACACUGUCGAUAUCUUUCAAUUUCGUUUGUCUCGGACUGCUGGGAUACAUGUACCUAUGUACUCGUAAUUCCAUGAAGCAACUCAAAAUUUUUAGUGGCACUAAAUUUGCUUCAAAGAAAGAACUUCUUUUUAUGUCAGUGAAGGCUGUAAUCUUAAGUGGAGUAGGAAGAAUCAUUCGAACUGGGUUCCACCAGGCACAGGGCGUAGCUCAGUUUGCGUACUACGUACAUGUUGCUACAAUGGUGCAGGGACCAGUGCUAUUCGUUUGCUUCGUUUGUAACGGAACAACACUCCCUCUUUUCAAGAACAUGAUACUGUCGUGGUGGGACCCAGAGAUCGUCUGUCACGGGCGAGAGCUCUGCUCCGCAGCGGAAAGAAAUCUGGCGAAGACCCUCUAUGAACAGACUUUGGCUGCAGAAUACUCGUUGUAAUCUUCAUAAGGAUCCUUUUAGCGGACUACCUACAUUGUAGACCAUAGUAGCGUCUGUGACUAGUUAUAAAAAUAGAAUCUACUUCAUGAGAUUACAUUAACUGCGGCCGAUAUCGCAGUCAGUACUUCAACUUACUAAUGUGUACUUCGUUUAUAAUUUUGUGCUUGUUUGUACAUGUUAGUAUAUUUAUAUGCAUUUUAAUGCAAUGACAUUAAAUAAUUACUUACUAAUUUGCAUGAAAAUAAGAGGAAAAAUCUUGCCCUACUUCCUCUGCCCAAUCAUAUAAUGAAGCAUUAAAUGAGGUAUAAAAUUUAAAUAACGCAAACUUUUUUAUGUCUAACGUUUGUCAAAGGUGAAAGUAAUGAAAGAACUUGCUGUUCACUAUACGUUAUUAUAACCACUGUUCUAUAAAGUUGAGGCAAAGCAGUGAACUCUUAAAAUUCAUUUACAGUAAACUUUGUCCUUUCGCAUGAUCAUUCGAAACUUUUGACAGACAUCAGUAUUUAUCUGAUGUUUAAAACUGCAUAGCCACUUUGUACAUAAAUAAUUGCACAGUCGUGCCACUAUUUGUAUCUCACACCAAGUGUAACAACGAGCUAUUGAAUACGGGACUGGUGCAAGGAAUUACUUUUUUCUGGAACUUUUGCGUGACUUUCACUUCUGAAAACGCUUCGUGCACCUGAAAAUUGUAAUACUGUAUCACAUUCAACUCGAAGUUCGGACAUAAUUCGUAGUUGUGCCUUUAUUUAUCUAUGUAGUUAGUUAAUUUAGAUUAUUCAUAUUAUCCGAAAUAAAGAUAAUUUAUAUAAGUGCGUAGACGUUGAAUUGAGUGAUCAGAGGUAAAGGGCUACAAGUGACAAAUCCCACAAAAAUUAGGUAAGUUCACCUAGAGUAUGGUAAGGCACGUCAAACUGUCGUGUCAAAGGGAUACAAGUGAAACAGUAUUCAUUCUUAAUAUGUUUCACUGUCAUAAGCCACAA